GUGCAGCUAUAAAGUCAAACUAAAUGCUGUCUGCCAGCAGCAUUACAUCUAGCUAAACAAUGUGGCACUCAGUGUUACAAAAAUCAUAUCUACAUACCUCUGUACAUCUCCUAAAAAAGGCUGCGUAUAAUCUGAAAGGAAAGAGUACUGCUGAUCAGCGUUGGAUAGUUCGGCAGCUUAAUGACCCUUUUGUGAAGGCUGCCCAUGUGCACAACUACCGCUGUAGAAGCGCCUUCAAACUGCUGGAGAUCGAUGACAAAUACAAACUUUUAAAACCUGGAUUCAACGUAAUAGAUUGUGGUGCUGCACCGGGUGCUUGGAGCCAGAUAGCUGUUCACAGGGUCAACUCAACUGGGGCUAAUGGAGAAUUCCCCCGUGGCACUGUGGUUGGGAUUGACCUUCUGCGCAUAGCACCUUUAGAUGGAGCCCACUUCCUGUCCAAUCAUGACAUCACUGAUCCUGUCACACAUACCAAGCUGCUUGAUCUUCUCCCCGGUGCCCAGGCUCAUGUCAUCAUGAGUGAUAUGGCACCCAAUGCCAGUGGUUUCAAGGAGAUGGACCAUGAAAAACUCAUCACAAUGUCAUUGUCAUUGAUUGACUUGGCUGAAAAGGUGUUGCAGACUGGUGGCUCUCUGAUUUGUAAGUAUUGGGACGGGGCAUUAGCGCACCAGCUUCAGCAGAAGCUUUCAGCUGUGUUCCGUGAAGUCAGGACAGUCAAACCAAAAGCCAGCCGAAAGGAGUCGUCAGAGUUGUUUUUCCUUGCCAAGUCGUAUAGAGAAAUAAAAUAGUCUGAUUGUAUAUUUUCAUGUGUAUUGUAAGCUUUGUUGACCUGCAAAGAAAGGCUUUAGGUGCUAUAGCACUUGAGGAGCCCCUCUAUUUCUCCUUCCUGAAUGUACUUUUUGUAAAAAUCUAUGAAAUCUAUGGAUAUUCUACAAUGAUUUACAUUAUUCAACAUCUACAAUUCUUGAAACCUUUCCUAAAAUAUUUUAGACAUACUUUAUAAGUACAAGUCGACUGUUUUUUCCCCAUCCAUUCCACAUCUGUAAAUCCAACAAGAAAUGUGGAUCAAGCAUGCGUCAUUCAUUUGUCACUUGAGGUGAAAUAUUUAGCCUACCAGAAGAUGGCGUCCUUGAGGCAUCAAUAAGCUGUGCAUUUGCGGGCCAAUAAUUUCUCAGUAGGGGCUGUUUUCAUCUUUACCUACAGACAAGGUGAUACCAACAUCUAUGGGCCAGAAUGUAUUUUAUGUAUCAAGCCCUUAUCAUCAGAGGCACCAUGUUCCUCAAGUUCUGUGCAUGUCAGAACUAUUAUUUUCCCUUUGUCAGGCAUGUUUGAAGUAUUACAAAGUAAAUGUGGUAUUUGUUUGAUAAGAAAUAUUCCAGUUUGCCAUUUGUAAUGCUUAUAAUCUGCUUUGCCAGCCAUGUAGAAACAUGUAAUCAUUCUCUCAUUUAGGGCUUAUAAAGGGGAAAAGGGCUGGAUGAAAGAGCCAUAGACAGCAUGACUAAUGAAAAGGCUGAUGCCACUGAAGCUGUGCAUUAUAAAUAGUGUUGGGCUUCGUUCUCACAGCGGGGAUGUGCUCUUCAAUACAUCAGGUUGGCAUUUGAAUGCUCUGCUUGAAAUGAUGUGAUUUUGAAUUAUUUUUGCCAAGUGGACUGCCACUGAUUGAGAUUUCCCUCAGAUACAGAGCUAAAUACCUUGGGAUGAAGGCCCACAGUAGUGUUGAUUUGGCACUAUUUACUUUGCCUGUUUUUCUCUAGGCUUAUCACUGACUACUUUCUGUAAUUCUAUGGCUCUCAGGGUUUGAAAGUACUCUGCUGAUUUUACCAGGAACAAAGAAACAAAUGUAUCAGAACUGUGCAAAGGACUGAGAAGACAAUUAAAUGUGAUGGGGACAGGAGAAACGGAUACAAAUGUCCCUUAAAAUAGAAAAUAUGAUGAAAAGAAGCUCAUUCUAAAGAUGGAAGGUUUCAUAUAUUUGAUGCUAAACAUUGGUGGAGGGGACCUGUCUCCAUGAUACUAUUAUAAACCUUCAUACAAUUAGCCAGUGAGCUGUGACUUUCAAGCCAUGGAUACCUUCCUGUUAUCUCCUCAGUUAUAUACAGUGGGGGAAAAAA